AAAAGCCUGAGGCUAUAUGUGUCUCAGGUGUGCUGUUACCUGCCCAGAUGUGUUAGUUCUCUCAGUGAGGCAGCAGAAGCAGGAGAGAGAGUCCAUCACAGACCAUCAGCUGUGACAAAACAACAUGAUCUUCAUCUUCUUCACCAUUUUUCUUCCAGCAGCUCUGCUUCAGGACCUCCAGGACCAGUGUCCCGGCGGCUCCUGUAACCCCCAGCUUGGUGACCUGAUGGUGGGUCGAGCAGCUCAGCUGUCAGCCUCGUCUACCUGCGGUCUGGACGGACCAGAAAACUACUGCAUCAUCGGGUACCUGGAGGAGGAGAGAAAAUGUUUCACAUGUGACUCUCAGCUGCCAUACAAUCGCUAUAGCAACCCCAACAGCCACCGCAUCGAGAACGUCAUCAUGACCUUCGACCCCAAGAGGAAAAUGAAAUGGUGGCAGUCUGAGAAUGGAGUUCAUGAGGUCAGCGUUCAGCUGGAUCUGGAGACCAUGUUCCAGUUCAGUCAUCUGGUCCUCAACUUCAAGAGUUUCCGUCCGGCGGCCAUGUUGGUGGAGCGAUCGAAGGAUUUCGGACAAAGCUGGAAAGUUUUUCGUUAUUUUGCAGAAGACUGUUUGCUUCAUUUCCCUUCAGUGUCCAAUCAGCCGGCCGACAGGGUCGAUGACGUCGUCUGUGACAGCAGAUAUUCCAGCUCAGAUCCGUCCACUGACGGAGAGGUGGUGCUGAAAGCUCUUGAUCCUGUCUUUGAAAUAGAAAACCCAUACGCACCACACAUCCAAGAUCUGAUCACCUUGACAAAUAUCCGUGUGAAUUUCACUCAUCUGUUCACGUUGGGCGACACACUACUGGGGCGAAGACGCAGGAACCCUCAGGACAAAUAUUACUACGCUCUUUACAACAUGGUGGUCCGAGGAAGCUGCUUUUGUCACGGACACGCCAGCCAAUGUACGCCUGUGGACGGAGGACGAGGGGAUGUCUUUACUAAGACUGCCAUGGUUCAAGGCCGAUGUGUUUGUCAGCACAAUACAGCCGGAGAUAAUUGUGAGAGAUGUCAGGACUUUUACCACGACUCCCCCUGGAGGCCUGGAGGAGAAAACAAUGGCAACAUUUGCAGGAGAUGUAACUGUCACGGUCACUCAGACUCGUGUCACUUCGACUCCACUCGUUUCAAAGCGUCAGGCAGCGUGAGCGGUGGUAUCUGUGACGACUGCCGUCAUGACAGGACGGGGCCUCAGUGUGAGCGAUGUCGACCGUUUCUGUAUCAAGAUCCACAGAGAGCGACAGACGACCCACACGCCUGCAUACCGUGUGACUGCGAUCCGGCCGGUUCUCAGGGUGGCGGUCUGUGUGACACUCUGAGCGGGCAUUGCGUCUGUAAAGAAAACGUGGAGGGUCAACGCUGUGAUCGCUGCAAACACGGCUUCUUCAAUCUGAGACAGGACAAUCCCGCCGGCUGUCAGGUGUGCAGGUGUCAUGUUUUGGGAAGUGUCGGGUCUUGUGAUCAGCUGACAGGAAGUUGUGAAUGUGACCAUUUGGCAAUCGGACCGCUGUGUGAUCGAUGUCUGGAAGGUUUCUGGGGUUUGGGAAACUCUGUGUUCAGAUGUUUGCCCUGCGACUGCGAUGUUGGAGGAGCUUACAGCACCACGUGUUCUCCGGAGGACGGACAGUGUCAGUGUUUACCCAACAUGGUGGGUCGACGCUGCUCUGACCCUGCCCCCGGCUACUUCCUGCCUCUGUUGGACUACUUCUUGUAUGAGGCGGAGAUCGCUGCUCUGCUGCACGGAGGAAGCUCUCCUCCGUCUACUCCUCCAUCUUCUUCUUCUCCCCUGGUCAACCCAAGUGUUUUGCCGCGGUGUGAGAAGUAUUUCAGAGAGCAGGGUUACGACUUUAAGUUCACUAGCGGACGAGUCGUUCUGGUUCGGAGGACUCCAAGACUCACCCGCCGCAGGAGACAGCAGAGUGGCCUCCAUCUGGACCCGGGUCACGCCCUGCAGAUCGUUCCCCGUGAGAGGACAGCUGAUCGCCCCGUCACCUGGACCGGUUUGGGAUUUGUCAGAGUGUUUGAGGGGGCGGGGCUUAGGUUCACUGUGGACAACCUCCCAUCGUCUAUUGAUUACCAGCUCAUGAUUCGUUAUGAGCCAGAGUCUCCGUCUGAUUGGCUGGCUUCAGUCAGCAUCAUCGCGGUGUCGGUUGGUGACAGCAGAUGCAGCAGUGACCCGACAGAAAGUAAAACUCUGAUUCUUCCUGGAAACUCCAGAGGAGGUAUUCUGGACUCUGCGGUGUGUCUGAACGCAGGCGGUCGGUACUUUGUGAACGUCGUCUUCAACAAACAGCCGGGAUCGGACGCCUCGUCCAGCUCACACAUCCUGAUCGACUCGAUGGGUCUGAUUCCCAGCAUCAAGUCCGUCCGUGACUUCUGCUUCCAGAGUGACGUUGACUCUUUCCGACACUUUCGCUGUGUUGGAUUGGCUGCCGAGCUCGGCCAGCCGGAGUCGCUGUCGGGAGUCUGCGAGGGACUCAUCAAGAGCAUGUCGGCACGAAUCCACAACGGAGCUGUUCUUUGCAGGUGUAACGUCGUUGGCUCUGUCGGACCGUCUUGCAGUAAUCAGGGAGGAUUCUGUGAAUGUAAACCCAAUGUGAUUGGACAUUGCUGUGAUACCUGUGCACCACUGACGUUUGGUUUCGGACCUGAUGGCUGCAAACCAUGUGAGUGUGACCCUCGAGGUUUGCUGUCGGAGCUUUGUGAUCAGGUCGGAGGUCAGUGUGCGUGUCGUGUAGAGGUAACAGGUCAACGCUGUGAUCGCUGUCAGGCGGGGUUCUGGGGUUUCCCUUUCUGUCGACCCUGUGAAUGUAACGGACUGUCGGAGGUUUGUGAUGAAGAAACCGGAGAGUGUCUGAACUGCAGGGAGCAGGCCACCGGACCAAACUGUGACAGGUGUGUGGAGGGUUACUAUGGUAACCCUGUAUCCAGAACGCCCUGUCAGCCCUGCCUGUGUCCGGACGCUCAGAGCAGCGGACGUUUCUUCGCCACCUCUUGCCAACACGACCCACAAUCCCUCAGUGUGACCUGUGACUGCCGGGAGGGGCACACAGGUCCGAGUUGCGACAGAUGCAGCCCUGGUUUCUAUGGCGACCUGUCGUUGCCCGGUGCCCGGUGUGAGGAGUGUCCCUGCAACAACAACAUCAGCCCGGACGACCGUGACGCCUGCGACAGCCUGACGGGAGAAUGUCUGCAAUGCCUUCACAACACGAUGGGACCACACUGUCAAGACUGCAAACCUGGUUACUACGGCAAUGCCCUGGACCAGGACUGCAACGAGUGCUCUUGUGACCGGCGGGGGACGGAGGUGACUCAGUGUCCUCUGGAGAGUCCCUGCUUCUGUGAUUCGAGGACGGGACGGUGUCCCUGCAGGACGGGGGUGCUUGGUGUCCUCUGUGACGAGUGUGAGGACGGAUACUGGAACCUGGGCAGAGCCUCAGGAUGUCAACCCUGCAGCUGUGAUCUUGUUAACUCUUUCUCCAACAUUUGCAACAAGGUGACGGGACAGUGUCCGUGUCGUCAUGAGUUUGGAGGAAGACAGUGUGACGAAUGUGGAGAAAAUCAUUUUGGGAAUCCAGACCUGCAGUGUAUUUCUUGUGACUGUAACCUGGAGGGAACCGAGUGUCCGUCAUGUGACCCUGAAACCGGCGAGUGUCUCUGUCGGGUUGGCAUCACCGGUAUCUUCUGUGAUCAGUGCGCCCCUGGAUACGACUCGGCUUUCCCGGCCUGCGCGGAGUGCCACCCGUGCACCGCCCUCUGGGUCGGAAGCGUGACCGAUGUCCAGCGAGCUGCCCAGAGGAUGAAAACUUUCAUCACUAGCCAUGGCGAUGACCUGCGGCCCAGAGACGGUUGCCAACUGCAACAGAUGCUGGAGUUGCAGUCCAAGCUGGACAGCCUCGCCAACCUGACGAGACUCUCCCCGCCAAAUCUGGAGAAGCUGGAGAAACUGUUUGCGAUGAUCGGGAAGGUGAAAGACGGCAUCGACCCAAACAUGAUUCUGAUUGACCUGUCUCCUCUCCUCAACACGGACAUCGACAAUAUUCGUCUGGAGUUCAAUACCCUGCUGAAUAACCUGAAGAAGAAACUCAUCGAGGAUCCGGACGAUGAAGAGGAACUCAUUGAGGAGCUGCUGGAUGAGAUCCAGAAGCUUCACAACGCCUUCAUGUUGGACGAGAAAAGAGUGAGAAACGCCAGUAAAGCUCUGGAGGACUCCAUGGACACCAGACAGGAAGUUAAACACAAACUGAGCAUGUGCAGCAGCAGCAGCGGCGGAGACCUGGCAUCACUGGAGAAGAAGGUCAAAGAGCUCAGCGUGGCCGACCUCAAUCGAAAGAUCUGUGGAGGACCAGGUCUGGAGGACUGUUCAGGCUGUGGUGGAGCGCUGUGUGGAUCUCUGGAUCUGGGAAACAGGAAAUGUGGGGGUCCAAACUGUGACGGAGUCUUUCCUGUGAGUCAGAUAGCUUCAGAGACAGCAGAGAGGGCGAAGGAUCGACUCGUCAUGCUCCCGUCCAGUUUGCAGGAGUCCCAUAACAAGAUCAAAGAUGUCCAGCGGGCAGCUCAGGACACCAAAGAGCGGGCCAAAGUCCUCCAGGACCAGAUCAAUGACAGCAUGGACUCCCUGGAGAGAGAGAAGAAUCAAACCAAGCAGCUGAUCCAGCGAGUCAACCUGAUGGAUGAGAUGGUUCCGCCGGAGGACAUCGAGAAAAUGUCCCGAGCUGUUCUGGCCAUCCAGUUGCCAGGAACACCAGAUCAGAUCCAAUCAAUGAUCAGAGACAUCAACAAUCUGCUGUCCAACACCAUCAACAUCCAAGACGACCUGAGCUACCUGCAGGAGACCGCCAAGACCACCCAAGACCUGCUGCAGAGAGCUUGGGAACUCAAGGAGCGGACAAAGAAGAUUGAUGUGACUGAGAUCAGCAGAGACAUUUCUGAAGCAGAGAAAGCUCAGGACAAAGCCAUCAACGACCUGGACGCAGCUAGCCGAGACAGAGACAUGACCAAAGACCGCAUCCAAGAUAUGAAAGACAAUCUGAACGACGUCGAGACAAAGUUGAUGAAUCGUCGACCUAAAAAUCUGCAGGACGAGAUUGAAGCCCUGAAGGAGAAAACUGAACAGAACAAAGAGACGGCCAGAGACGCACAAGAAGCUGCAGGCUCUGCUUUAAACCAGACUACCGACACAGAACCAGAGCUGGAGGACGUGAUGAAACUGUUUGAGCUUUUAAAACAAAAAAACUCCAACCAGACGGUUCAGAGUGAAGCCAGAGAACGUCUGAAGAACAUCGUGGAGGAGGCGGAGAAGAUGAAGAAACAGGUGGAGGACAAACUGCAACAGAUACAAGAUCUGGAGCAGAAGAUCCAGAAGCUGAUCCAGAACAAAGAGAUCAAAGCGGCUGAGGUCUUCGUGUUGUUGGACACAGUGGAUUCACUUCGACGGGAAAUCUCCAAACGGGCCGAAGGAUACAUCACCUGUACCUCCUAAACACAGCUGACAGGGCUGGAGAGUAACUAGUUACAUGUAAUCUAAUUACAAAAUGAAGGUAACUGUAAUCUGUUACAGUUACUGGGAGAAAAUGUGUAAUUAAAUUACAGAUAUCUAUGAAAAUGUUCAUGAUUACAUUUGUGGUUACAUCUGAAUAUCUUCUGUAAAAAGCUAGGCUACAUGUGGAAUGAUAUUAAUUUGGUUGCUUUGCAUGUUUUUCAUGUGCAAAAUGUCUUGUGAUGCCAUUUCCUGCCACAGAUUUUAGUAAAGUUUGGUGCUAUUCUGAUGCUUUGGA